AUGGACUCUCCAAAACCGCCGAUCUUAUUCAUCCACGGCCUGUGGGUUACCGCCGCAUAUUGGGAACAUUGGGUGCCGUUUUUCGAAGAUUUGGGGUAUGAGGUACACGCCCCCGAGUGGCCGGGAAUCAACGGCCGCACCCCCGAAGAGGUCCGGGCCGAUCCACAGCUAUUGGCCAACAGGCACAUCGCGGAAAUCGUCGGAUACUACGAGGCCUUCAUCCACAAACUGCUAGCACCACCUAUCAUUAUCGGCCAUUCUUUCGGUGGCCUGUUUGCGCAAAUACUGUUAUCCAGAGGGCUCGGCGUCGCUGGUGUCGCAAUAUGCCCGGCACAACCAGCAGGAAUUAUCACUCUCCCGCAAACCACUUUCAAGGCCGCACUUCCAAUCAUCAAGAACCCAUUCAACGCGCACACCACCGUAUCCAUUUCCGAAGACCACUUCCACUGGGCCUUUGUCAACAACACCACAUCUGACAAGAGCAAAGAAUACUACGAGCGCUACUGCAUUCCGGGUGUCGCAAAGGUCCUCUGGCAGCUGACCACCAACGUUGCAGCGUACACCGGGCCUUCGCUUGUGGAAUUCAAGAUGUUCCCCGGUCGCACGCAUGGGAUGAUAUUUCAGCCCGGGUGGGAGCAAGUUGCCGACUACGUAUUGGAUUUUAUUGAGGAAGUGGUCCAAUGA